UGUCCGAUUUGAAGAAGGAAAUUAAAAGUAUGGCCAACUCAUCGGGAAAGGAAUGCAGCGACAUUGUCGGAAAAAUCGACAAUGGAAAGAUCCAUCUAGGCUAUGGGAUAUACUUAUGUACAGAAAAAUACUAUGCUAUUUUAAAUAAAGCCAACUCAUCGCGCAUAGCCAAAAAAUCAUCAAAUAAGGCCUGUUUGUUCGUUAAAGAGAUCGCUAUUGCCAUAUUUGGAAGUAAAACUCUGCUAGAGAAAACGGUCACUGGAUGCGAAUCUAAUCGAACGAAAAAUAAAAAAUCAAAACAGGUAAAACCAGACAAUACUGACACGACAGGGAAUAAGUUGGAUCCAACUAAAGUACUCGCCAUAAAAGACAAGUGGCUCGCUUGCGCGUGCCAGGUGCGCAAACCUCGCCUCCAUCCGCGGGGAAUUUACAGUAAGAUCUUUCUAAGCGAGCGUACCUCCGUUCACAGUAAAAAGCAGAAGUGCAAGCUUGAUCCGGAAGUGCGAACUCGCGACGUUAUUGCCUCGCACCUACGAGUGUGGUCGCAAUAUAUACAGUGUAGGAUCUGCGGAAGUGCCGCUAUCCCAGAUCCUAGACCUCUUCGCGCCGUGGCGGCAAAGAAGGACAAAGUCACACCACCAGAAACAUCAGAUGAAACAUCAUUAUCCACAAAAGAAAUAUUACCUGAGCAUCAAGAGGAAAGUGAUCAAUUUAAAAAAAUCGCCCUUUGCGACAAUGAUAGUGUACAAAGCACUUCUAAUAGAAUAAGUACAUCAUUAUCGAACACUACAUUAUCAGAUAGUGUACAAAGCACUUCUAAUAGAAAAAGUAUGUCAUUAUCGAACACCUCAUUGUCAUCGUCAUCACUUGAUUACUCAUCUCAAGAAUAG